AUGAAGCAAGCUGCGAUUCGUAAGUUCAAUUCCAUUCGGUCUCCACCACUGGAACCAAGAGAACCUGGUUUGGCGAAGAAAUCGGUUCCUGGACCUACGAGCCCAAUGCAUUUCAUCAGCCUUCUGCUCUUUUCCACCUUCCGACGUCCCAUGUCUGUCAACACAAUGACCAAAGCGGGCGUGUAUUUAUGCAUCGCCGCAGGAGUUUCACUGUUUUUCGACUUCGUUCACAUGCCACCGUCGUACUUUUCAAAUAAGUACAAUUUACUCAAUCAAAUUUUUGUAAAAUGGGGUUGGGGUUGGACUUGUUGUGGUUUGACCACUUUCGUGAUUUUCUCUUCAUUUGUCUAUACCGGCGGUAAUAUACAGCUCAUACGGGCGCACCUUUUGAGGACGGUAGUCGGUACAGCCUUCUGGUACAUCAUAACUGGAUUCAUUAACUUCAUACAUGAUGCAACUGGACAUUGCCAUCCAGCUAGUUUACUCUUGGCCUCAGGUGAACGUCCUCAUCGCCGUACACUGUGUCAUCGCGUCGGUGGUGUAUGGCUAGGGUUCGACGUAUCGGGGCACUGUUUUCUAUUGGUUAUGUGCAGCUUGUGGAUUAUGGAAGAGGUCAAGUGUAUGCAGUAUUGGUCACGGCUUGCAGAUAUUUUAAAACCGUAUGAUACACAUUUGGAUGCCGACAAUUUGCAUGCAGCGCUUUCCAGACGUGUCACUGUGAAUGAAAUCAAAGUAAUGCGUUCUGCCUUCUGUCGAUUAACCGGUUCGAUUCGUUUUCUGUUUUCCUUCGUCUCCUUUUUGUGCAUCUUAUGGGACAUCAUGUUCGUUGUCACGGUGGUUUACUUUCACACUAUGCCCACAAAACUGCUGGGCACUGUGCUCGGUGUCUCCUGCUGGUUCAUCGCAUACCGUGUGGUCUUCCCGUGUACGAAGAAUGGAAAGUGGUUCGGUUUUGCUCCAGGAAUGCCAGGAGAAAGUCCACUAGAGUUUAUGCCCCGA